AUGAAUGUCAACAAGAGGAUCGGCCGAUUCAAACAAUGGGCUGGAGAGCGCAUGGGCGGCGAGGCCAAAACCUGUCUCUCCGAUGAUUUCAAGGCAAUGGAGACAGAGAUGGCUGUGCGACAUGAAGGCGUUGAUCGCAUUCAUAAAUCCAUGACCUCUUAUGUGAAGGCCAUCUCGAAACGCAAUGAGGGAGACGACAAAGAGAAAACCCUCCCGAUUGCUCAUUUGGGAAGCAGCAUGGUUAGCCACGGUGAAGACUUCGACGCAAACUCGGAAUACGGGCAGUGCCUGAUCAUGUUUGGGCGCACCGAGGAGCGCAUCGCGCGCAUCCAAGAGAGUUACAUAGCACAGGCGACCUCAAGCUGGCUUGAGUCCCUUGAACGAUCCCUGACUCAGUUGAAGGACCUUCAGCAUGCUCGCAAGAAGCUUGAUAGCCGACGGCUGGCAUACGAUACUUCUCUUUCGAAAAUGGAGAAGGCUAAGAAGGAGGACUUCCGCGUGGAGGAAGAACUACGCUCCCAGAAGGUGAAGUAUGAGGAAGCCAGUGACGAUGUGUUGCGCCGCAUGCAGGACAUCAAAGAAGCCGAAAGCGAGAAUGUCAUGGAUAUGGAGACGUUCUUGGAUGCCCAGCUUGAAUACCAUGAACGAUCUCGCGAGGCGCUUUUGCAGCUCAAGAGCGAAUGGCCAAGGACACGCUCCUCCCCGUCGUCCAAUCCGUGCGCGUUCCAACACCGCCCACUCAUAUCAGGACCGGAAGAGUUGAUCCACGCCACGGAAGCUCGACCUCCCAUUCGAUCUGCGAAAACCGUGAUGCCGCACGCGGAUACAUCCUCGCGAGACAGCUAUGCGAAUGUCAAUGGAGCCUCACGGCCAGUUCUCAACAGAGUUCCCACGUUUGAGGGUCCUGCUCAAUUGCGACAAGAGCAAUUGCCUGCUGCAUCUCAGUGGAUUCAGCAGCGAACUACCAGCGAGAAUCUGGCUGGGUUUGGACGUCGAAGCAGCACACAAGUUGGCAGUGGUCGCAUCUCUGCUGACCCCUACGCCGAUUCAGAAGAAUCCCGAGCGGAUGUUCAGCGGCAGAUCUAUAUCCCCAGCAACAUCCCACGACAGUGUAGCGUCCAGGAGACCCAGCGCAACCAACUUGAACAGCAUCGGGUCAAAGAAGGCUCCUCCUCCACCUCCGCCUUCCCGUGCAAAGAAGCCCCCUCCACCGCCACCGCCCAUGAAGCGAUCCCUUCUUACUGCACCAACUUGUACUCCUUCCCAAAUUGGUACGGUACCAGAGCUGCGAGGCCCAGGCCAUAUUUGAGCACGGACAGAUCACGUGACUUGCUGACUGUCGUCCCGUGCGAAAAACUCCUUGCCAGGCUGUUGCCAGUCCUUUGCUCUGAGCACCCAGAUUUCCCCGAGCCUGUCGCGCAACUCCGUCCCCUCCCCAUCUCCAUUUCCAUCCAUCCACUUUUUGAACGCGCCAUCUCAACGCGUCUUCACCUUGGGUUCCCUCCCCACCCUGCCUUAACCCUAAAAACUUGCCUUUUUUACUCGCUUUCUUUGACUCCCUUAUCCCUGAAAGUAACCGCGCCCCAUCACAUCGGAAGCUCCGACCACGCCCCCCCAAACACCACGCCUCCCAUCGCCAAGCAUCCUAUACAGUCGCACUUUGGUCGCAUACACGCCAACUGGGCCCAUACUACUAUUGCUGCCCCUCCAUUUUGA